AUGAACGCGUUUCUUCACGGCAAGCUUGAUCAACCGGUCUACAUGACUCAACCACAAGGCUUUGAGGAUUCUCAUCUACCACAUCAUGUCUGCUUACUUCACAAGGCCAUCUAUGGCCUCAAACAAGCCCCAAGACUCUGGUUUGCUACUCUGUCUACUUACCUUAAACAACAGCACUUCGUGCCGAGCUCAGCAGACCCGUCAUUUUUCUAUUACCAUCAGGCUGAUAUCCACAUCUACAUUCUCGUGUAUGUUGAUGAUAUUCUCAUUUCAGGCAUUGACCCUACCUCAAUUACAACAUUGAUGUCCAAUCUUCAAAAAAAAUUUCAAACAAGAAAUUUGGGACAUCUAUCCAAAUUUCUCGGAACAGAAUUCUGUCGGACUGCUGAAGGCUAUCACCUGUCUCAACAAUCUUUCAUCACCGCUCUACUCCAUACUGCCUCAAUGACUAACUGCAGGCCUCUGCUCACCCCACUGCCCUCAAAGUAUCCCACCGACGCUCACCUUCAGCUCCCAUUCUCUCAGCCAGAUCUCUUCCAUCAGCUUAUUGGUUCUCUACAGUACCUCACCACUACCCGACCUGACAUUGCAUUUGCUGUCAACAAAUUGUGCCAACAUAUGCACAACCCUCUUCUCCUCCACUUUCAACCACUAAAGCGUAUCUUGCGUUACUUACAGGGUACACUACAUUAUGGACAGUUUUUACCCAAAACAAACUUACUUCUCACUGCCUACUCCGAUUCUGAUUGGGCUGGCGAUCAACUUGAUCGCAAGUCCACCACUGGCUACUGUCUAUUUCUCGGUACUGCUCUCCUGGCCUGGUCCGUUAAAAAACAAACGAUCGUUGCCCGUUCGUCCACGGAAGCCGAGUACCGUUCAAUGGCUGCCGCCGCAGCUGACAUUAUGUGGACCAGACGCCUCUGUGAAGAUUUUCAAAUCUUGCUUCCCCCCACUGACCUCUUCUGUGACAACGUAUCCGCCAUGUCCUUUGCGUUUGGUGAUCUUAUUAAGCUCACUCUUUUGCUUUCUAUUAUCACAUAUCUUAUAAUGUCAAACACUCCAAUUGAUGAAUCCAAUUCUAUUGUGGAGUACAUUAAUAAUCUUACCGACAUUAGACUUCCUACCACUACAAGGAAGAAUAAUAUGGCUUUAGGUCCUUUGGUUGCCUAUGUGCUUGAAAGGAAAUAUAACUUGAUUCAUCCUGAUCCACCAACUCAUCUUCCAAUGUACUUUACUAAUGCUUCCUUUCAUUCAAUAUUUCAUCAGGAUCAUGGGGUUUCAAGAGAUGAUGUUGGAGAAGGAGAAGCUCUUGCAACUGCACCUACACCUGCUCCUAGAUAA